AUGUUUGCGUGCACUGGUACCCUGAGCGCCUGGGGACACAGCCUCAGAGUUGUUCGGGCGUUUGCCAAGGUCCGUCGCGUCGGAGGAAAGCCACUGAAUGGGUUACCGCUGCACAUGCACAGUCUGUCCAAGUCUCACAUGUCGUAUAAGGCCAGACUUAUACUGCUGUUAUAUCUCUCCAGUAUUUUGCAGCUAAACGGGCAGAGGAGUAGCGGAGAUGAGGCAUUACGGUUCUGUGUCGGCUCAGGCACGACUGCUGAAGACAUGAAAUUGGUAUUUCGAUGGCUAGUCCCGGCUGCAAAGGCUGUUAUAUGCUGCGAAGCUGUGAACAAUAUCGGUUUGUGCAUGGGAUUUCUUGGAGGGGUGGGAUAUAUGGAGAAUGAGGAAGGCGAGUUCAAUAUUGCUCGGCUGUAUCGAGACAUGUCAGCUGGUCCUAUUGUAGAAGGAACAUCAAAUGUUUUGGCAGCCUAUGCCGUGAAUCUGAUAGAAGGUAAUACUGGCUCAGCAACUUUAACAGCCAUCGACACAGCCGUCUUUGCCCACCUUAAAAGCCAUCGAAGUUUAACCCUCGAAAGGAAGCUGAUCUUGGAAUCCUGGAGUCGAUUGAAGCUUGUACUCUCUGACAGCUCGAUUGAACACAUACAAACGGCAGAGAGCUUUGUGAGACACAUUCUUGAUCUUAUAUGCGCCGCUCUGUUGAUUACGGACGCGGGAAGAGAUGACGAUGGAGAGGCAUGCGAGUUUGCAAAGCGCUGGGUUUUGCAAGUGUGCGGUGCAACUGAGCAUUACUACAAGAAAGUUGAGGUUCCGGGAAAGUUAUUGUUGGACCAAAAGUUGUGCUAUGGAAACUCGUUCCAGCGUUAA